UAUAUAGUGUGUCAGGUGUCUCUCUGUGAAUCAUAGGAGAUAUAAAGUCGCAGGUAAACUGUGAAAACUGGAACCGAACCAAACAAACACAAAGCGAAAGAGAAAAAAAUAGAAGAAGAAGGGAAAUGGAAGCUUCAACGGAAGAGCAGAAAAGAGGAGAAGAAACAUAUAAUUUUUACAGCCCUUGUCAUCUCUUUAACCAGCUAGUCAAUGCUUGCUUCAAGUGCUUUGGUCGUCUAGACGAUGAAGAUGAUCACUCCACAACUCUUCUUGCUCACACAAACUCUCCUUUACUGUCAGAAAGAGCAAUGAAAACAACUGAGGAAGAGUUUGUGGUGGAGUCGAGGGCAGUAAGAGUGAAAAAGAGACCACAGAGGCCACCGGUAGGCUCUGGAGGAGGAGGUCAAACCAACUGAUCCUCUCUUGGUCAUCCUAAGUUAAAUUUACUAAUAAUAAUAAUAUUUACAGACUCUUAAUUAGCUAGAACUUUUCUGGAUGUUUUAUGUAAAUAUUAUGUGAAAUUAAGAUUUAAGAGUGAUAGAGGCAAUUAAACUGAGGCUUUUGUGGGGGCGGUGGAAAGCUAAUAGUGGGGGGUAAGUUGUCGUGAUUCAAUUGUUGUAUUUCCUUCUUAUCUGUCUCUCUAAUCGAGCCCUUUUCUCUUUUCAAUCUGUUCAAUAAA